AUGAGAAAUCCAGUGCUGAUUUUAUCCUCUUUCUUCAUAGGAUCAGCAGUGAGGAACUUCAGCCCAUUCCAGUUCUCCAUGGAGCCGUCAGAUACGCUGGCAGUGCGGGGAGCGCCGACGCUGCUCAACUGCUCAAUCCACAGUGAGUUUCCUGCCAAGAUCGAAUGGAAGAAAGAUGGCUCUUUCCUCAGCCUGGCCUCAGACGAUCGCAGGCAGGUCCUGGCCGACGGUUCUCUGCUCAUCAGCUCAGUGGUCCACUCUAAACACAAUAAACCCGAUGAGGGGGUUUACCAGUGCGUGGCCACUAUAGACAACCUGGGCACCAUCAUAAGCCGUACAGCUAGACUCAGUGUCGCAGGUAUACCACGGUACCUGAGUCAGCCGGAAGCUGCGUCAGUGCGGGCGGGUGACAGUCAUGUGCUAAACUGUGAGGUGAAUCCAGACCUGGUGUCUUUCAUCCGCUGGGAACAAAAUAAAGAGCCGGUUGAGCUGGACCAGAGAGUCUUCACACUGCCCAGCGGGGCUCUCGUCAUCAGUAAUGCCACAGAGGCAGACGCUGGACUGUACCGCUGCGUCAUCGACAACGCUGGGCCCACCAAGACCAGUGAAGAAGCAGAAAUACAGAUACUGCCUGAAUCAGGGGAAGAAAGGACCCUGGAGUUUCUCAUGGAGCCUCAGCAUGUGUCUAAAGUCGUUGGAGAGAGCGUUCUGCUCCCCUGUGUGGUGACAGGAUAUCCCACAGCCUACGUCACAUGGACGCACAAAGACCAGCUCAUUGAGUACAGCAAGGGCCGCUUUGAAGUGCUUGGCGGAGGCAGUCUGCGGAUCUUCAAUCUCACUGAGGAAGAUGCCGGUUCGUACAGCUGCAUGGCAGACAAUGUCAACGGAUCCAUAGAGGCCCAGACUGUGCUCGCGCUGAAAGCUUCCCCACAGUUCCUGAAGAAACCAGCUAACAUAUAUGCUCAUGAAGCCACAGACAUCACAUUCGAGUGUGAGGUCACCGGCUCACCCGCUCCCACCAUCAAAUGGGUGAAGAACGGAGAUGCUGUCAUUCCCAGCGACUAUUUCAAGAUCAUUAAGGAGCAGAACUUGCUGGUGCUGGGGCUGGUCAAGUCAGAUGAAGGUUUCUAUCAGUGUUUAGCUGAGAAUGACGCUGGCAAUGUGCAGUCGAGUGCUCAGCUCAUCAUAUUGGAUCAAGGCUCCAGAGGCAGCGCUGGUCCCACACCCUCCGCCCCCCGUGACGUUGUGGCCUCCCUGGUCUCCACCCGCUUCAUCAAGCUGACCUGGCGCCUUCCUGCUGAACCGCAUGGAGAUGAUGUCACCUACUCGGUCUACUACAGCCUGGAGGGCAAUAACAGGGAGAGGAUAGUGAACACCAGCCGUCCAGGAGAAAUGCAAGUCACCAUUCAGAACCUCAUGCCAGACACCAAGUACUCCUUCCGCGUGGUGGCCCACAACAGGAACGGCCCUGGAGAGAGCUCAGCGCCUCUGAGGGUCGCCACCCAGCCUGAAGUCCAGGUACCUGGUCCUGCUCCAAACUUACAGGCAGUGGUCACAUCCCCCAGCACAGUGAGUCUCAGCUGGGACAUGCCCCUCACAGGCAAUGGCGAGAUCCAAAACUACAAAAUCUACUACAUGGAGAAGGGCAUGGACAGUGAGCAGGAUCUGGAUGUGAGCACACUGUCCUACACCAUGACUGGACUGAAGAAGUUCACAGAGUACAGUUUCAGAGUGGUGGCCUAUAACAAGCAUGGACCUGGAGUGUCCACCGAGGACAUAUCCGUGCGCACAUACUGUGAUGUCCCCAGUGCUCCGCCACAGAACAUGACGUUUGAAGUGCUGAACUCUAAGAGCAUCAUGGUCAGAUGGCAGCCUCCACCAGCAGAUGCUCAGAACGGUGAGAUCAUCGGCUACAAGAUCCGCUACAGGAAGGGUACGAGGAAGAGCGAGGCGGCGGAGAUUACUUCAGGAUCGCAACUCUAUCAGCUCAUAGAUGGUCUGCAGCGAGGCACUGAAUAUAUGUUGCGAGUGUCUGCCAUUACGGUCAACGGCACAGGUCCGGCCACAGACUGGACCACUGCUGAGACAUUUGAGAGCGAUCUGGAUGAGACAACUGUGCCAGCCGUCCCGAGCUCCUUGCACGUGCGGCCACUUGUGAACAGCAUUGUAGUGAGCUGGACGCCCCCAGAGAACCAGGACAUUGUGGUGAGGGGUUAUACUAUCGGCUAUGGGAUCGGCAGCCCUCAUGCCCAGACCAUUAAAGUGGACUACAAACAGAGAUACUACACCAUUGAGAACUUGAAUCCCAGCUCGCACUACGUUAUCACACUGAAGGCCUUCAACAACGUGGGGGAGGGAAUCCCUGUGUACGAGAGCGCUAUCACACGACCCCAGUCAGGUAGGUCACGGCCGGCACCACUCAGCCUUAUAACACACCACACCUACAGCUUCAUCAUACUCAUCCUUGUUUGGCAUUGCUGUUUUAAGAACUACCGCUUUCUCCGGUAG